AGAAUGGAUUCAGGAAACCAAUCUGUAGUAUCAGAAUUUGUGCUUCUGGGACUUUGCCACUCAUGGGAUAUUCAAGUCUUGCUCUUUGUGAUAUUUUUGAUGCUUUACCUGGUCAUUGUAUCUGGAAACACUGUUAUCUUGAUCUUAAUAAUCAGCGACCCUCAUCUUCAUUCCCCCAUGUACUUCUUUUUGGCCAACUUGUCCUUUGUUGACAUGUGGCUUUCCUCAGUGACAACUCCUAAGAUGAUCACAGACUUUCUCCAUGAGAACAAGACCAUUUCCUUCGGAGGCUGCAUGUGCCAGAUCCUCUUUGUCCAUUUCAUCGCAGGGAGUGAGAUGGUGCUUCUGGUGGCAAUGGCCUAUGACCGCUAUGUGGCCAUCUGCAAACCAUUGCACUACUCCACCUUUAUGAACUUGAAGAGGUGCAUUGGACUAGUGUUGACAUCCUGGACAGCUGGCUUUGUGCAUGGCAUGAGUCAAAUGGUUGUGAUUAUGCAACUGCCAUUCUGUGGCCCCAGGGAAAUGGAUAGCUUCUUCUGUGAUGUACCACUGAUAAUCAAGCUAGCCUGCAUGGAAUCUUCUGACUUGGGAACAUUAAUGAAUGCUGACAGUGGAAUUGUGAUUGUAACCUGCUUUAUUCUUUUGCUGAUAUCCUACACAUACAUUCUUCUCACUGUCCGCCAAAGCUCCAAAACAGGUGCUUCCAAGGCACUGUCCACCUGCACUGCCCACAUC